CACCCUUGUACCUUUAUACAGGUUACUAGUACAUACUUGCCUUAUAUUUUGCUUAAGUAUGUUCUGAUCAGGGACAUGAUGUUUGGAUCAAAAGCUCUUGCCAAACAACACCUCAAAGAUAAACCUGUUUUGAAAAUGACGCCUUCCCGACAGAUCAUCAAAUAAUGGAGUACCUCUUCGUAUUCGCUCAAUCACACGAGGAAUUCCGUGUGCCAGAGCUCCUCUCGAUAUCUGAGCUUCAUGGUUUUACGAUAGGCUUUGAUCGCUACGCCAACGUCCUCGACAAUGCCAUCCAACGACCAUUCAUGAUCCUGAUGCUAGACAAGGAAGAGCAUGCACAUAUUUUAGCUCAGAGAUGCAUCCUGAUAAAGUCUGUUCAUGAGUUCUACGCCGAAGGCGCAUCUUACGAGAUGCUGCAUGAACAAAACAGUCGAGCUCGCCCGCAAUGGGAACGAUAUAUCCCAGACACAUCAUUCAAAUUUUUUGUCCUAGGGUACAAUUCUACCAUCAGCCAACGUCGCCAGCGUCAGAUCAUCGAAAGCUUCGCAUACAUGGACUUCUUGGGUAAGAUCGAGAUGAAGAACCCAGAAGUUACUCUCACAGUUUUUGAGGAGUACGAGAGUGGCCGAGCACCCGAUGGUGGACUGCACAAGGAUGGGGAAUUCACCCAAGUCUACUUCGGCAGGUUGGUCGUACAUGGAACUGCACGCUCAUUGAUGGGAACCUUUGACGUUAAGAAACGCCAGUACUUCGGAAACACCAGCAUGGAGGCAGAGAUUUCCCUCUUGAUGGCGAAUCAGACACUAGCCUCCUCUGGCAAAUUGAUCUACGACCCAUUCAUUGGCACUGGUAGCAUGGCAUAUACCACAGCUUACUUCGGCGCUUUUGUCUAUGGUUCGGAUAUCGACGGGAGACAAAUGCGUGGAAAGGAUAAAACUCCAGGCAUCAUUCGGGCUGCCUCACAAUACGGCGUAGCCUCCCGUAUCAUGGAUCUUUGCACAUUUGACGUCACAAACCACCCGUGGCGUUGUGGCAGCUUCUUUGACGCCAUCAUAACCGACCCACCAUAUGGUGUUCGUGCAGGAGCAAAACGCCUCGGGCGCAAAAAAAUCCGGGAAGAUCGGCUUCAAUCCGUCAUUCCACGACCAAAUGAACCUUACAUACCCCCAACGAAGCCCUACGAGCUUUCUCAACUCGUCACAGAUCUUGUUCUUCUUGCACGGCAUCUCCUCCGCCCAGGCGGACGUCUCGUGUUCUUCCUGCCUACGGUAAGCGCCGAAUACGCCCCACCCGAUAUCAAUACGGUAUUGUGCGAGGGGAUGGAACUUGUAGCGAACAGUUUGCAGGAUUUUGGAAGCUGGGGGCGGAGGUUGAUCACGAUAAAGAAGACCGCGCAUGCCGAGUACCCACCUCCAUCUUUUGAUUCCGUAAGGGAAGCAGAGGAGAGCAGGGACACGCACGUUCCGGCGCAUAAAGAUUUCAGAGAGAAGUAUUUCCAGGGUUUCAAGAGGGACAACGAGAGAUGAGCUUUGCUAGUGAAUUUCCAUUCGCUAAAGUCAAACCCUUGAAACAACUGCUACUAAUGCAAUGAAACUUCUGAAGCUGCAGGUCCCGUGGGAUGAACGAUGUUAAGAUCCGACACUGAUCAAUAUUACAUAAUAG